CUCACGGACCAAUUCUCAAAACAAGUCCGACUGAAUCGGAUUACGGAUAACAUACUGUAGCAGUCAACUGUCUGCGCUGGUUUUAUUAGUAAUUAAUAAUAAUUAAAGCACAACUACUAUUGAUUAUCCCUAUAAGGCAUCUUCAUUAUCUUCAAUGGCGUCCCGAUCUCCGUCCUCCUCCCCAGACUCAGCGACAGGCUCCGGUACUGAUCCAGCCCGGCCUGACACCGGAGAGCCGCUCGGUGGAGGGUCCGACUCGGAUUCAGAUUUCGGAUUAGGGAAGUUUGAUUGUGGUUCUGCGGAUACAGCGCUUCGAUUAGACGGGGUAGAUCCGGAGAAUGAGUUCGAGGUGGCAGCGGACCGGGUCAGAGAUCUCGCCCAGACAGCCAGUAGAGAGCAGCUGCUGUAUCUGUACGCCAGGUUCAAACAGGUCAAAGUUGGAAAGUGCAAUACAGCAAAACCUGGUUUCUUCGAUUUCGAGGGUCAGAGAAAAUGGUCAGCAUGGAAACAGCUGGGGGACAUGAGUGCAGAGCAGGCCAUGCAGGAGUAUGUGUCCUGUGUACAUGCCCUGGAUCCAGAAGGCAGUGAGAAGUCGUCGGAGCGAAGGGGAGGAUAUAAUAGAACUGGAUUCGGUGGGCCAGCGGUUAGCUCUCUAUACCAGGAGGAAAAAAUAAGGGAAGAGGACAAAAAUAUUUUCGACUACUGUCGAGAGAACAACAUCGAACAUGUCAGCAAGGCCAUCAGCUCCAAGAAAGUGGACGUGAACACAAGGGACGAAGAGGGCAGAGCUCUCCUGCACUGGGCGUGUGAUAGGGGCCACAAAGACCUGGUGUCUCUACUCUUGCAGAAUAACGCUGAUAUCAAUAGCCAGGAUGAUGAAGGACAGACAGCACUACACUAUGCUUCAGCUUGUGAGUUUGCAGAAAUCGUCGAGUUACUCCUGAAGGCCGGAGCUGACCCGUCAAUCAAAGAUCAAGAAGGCUCCCUUCCAGAAGAGGUGACAGAGUCUAGUGCCAUCUCCUCUCUCCUGCGCCAGUAUACUGCUCCUAAAGGCUAAAUCUCACUCUGUGAAACCCAAAAAUCAAACCCAAACCACAUGAUCACCAUCCUGUUAAAAGUUUAUACAAACUGUGCUCCUUAUCCAGAUGGUACACGCUGUCAAACCAACAAUAGUUCUCGAUCGGUUUAGCAUUUUAGAACUAUUCUAGUUCAUUCCAUUUGGCUGUGGAGCACCAGUGUUAUACUUUCAAACAGUUAAGUUCAGACAAACCUGUCCUCCCUGUCCUAGAAUGGUACAUUCCAAUGAAUGUGUUACUGUUGUUACUAUUAAAAACAUGGAAUCUCCUUAA